AUGCCCAAGAAGCACGCGCCGGCCUACACGCAAGCUAAGCCAACUUACGUUCACCCGUCGCUGCAAAGCUCACGAGCUUCUUCAUCUUCCACGCCAUCAGAAUCACAGACCGUCAAUCAACGCAUCCAACAACUCCGCCGCGAGCAAACGCCACGAGCAACGCCAGAACAAAGAGAUGAACUCACAUCGGUAGUAAGCAGCCGCACCGUCCCGCCGGACUUGCGGCGCAUCUUGCACAUACCUGAGGUUAACGCUCCCAACCCAAAGCCAGGCCUGCGUUCACGGCGAGCAAUUGGAGGUGCGAGACCGCCGCCAGGUCCAGCAGCGCCAAACAGUUGGCUUCUGUCGAGUCGCCAUGCACCAGACUAUGUGCGUAAGAUGAGAAGGCAGCAGUCUGGUGAUGAGCGGGAUGCACCGAGGUUCUGUAUGCUCGCCAGAGUGACAAAUGAUGAAUACAGACGUCUCCCACCGAAUCGAAGCCUGGCGCACCACUGCCUUCGAACAUUCGCAUUACACUGGGAACAGCUCUCUGAAUUCGAACAACACUACCUUCCUAUGAUACCUGUAUCGCUGAGAGAAGCACUACCGAGCUAUCUGACUGCUUACGGAGCCAGAGCAUGCCUAGACUUCAGGUCCUUUAGGAUAAUGUUUCAGAAUGAAGAGGGUAUCGGCACUUCAGGCUGGGAUGAGGUUCGCUUUCUAGAUCUCACCGGCCUGUUAAACGAAGCUUUCACCAUUGGCGACGUAGGGAAAUGCCUCAAGCGGCAGCCCUUACAACUGCCAAACAUUGGGGACUUGCAACUUGAUGAGUCGACGAAAGCCAAAGGCAAAGGAAAAGCAAUAGAGGUCGCCGAGUCUUGGGAAGAAGAGGCGGAAGAAUCAAUUAGCGCUCAGCCUGUCUUGAUGGCGGCGCUUACAACCCCAUACUUCGCCAACCUCAGCAGGUUAUCGCUUGCACGCCCUGGCCCAUGGGCGUCGUGGCCAGAAUUGCUGAAGAUCUCACCAAACCUGAACAAGAUCACGCACUUCUCGCUCGCCUACUGGCCACGGCCGUCUACCACUCCGAAUGCUGCAACGACCUCCAUGGUCUCGAAUAUCACCACGGUGUCUCUUGGCGGUUCACACUUUUACUCUGAUCUCGACGACGAUUGGCACGAGGCCACGAACAUCCUGCGGCGAUUCUCGGUUAACACAUACUCGUUACAAUGGCUUGAUUUGGAAGGAUGUGAUUGGCUAAAGGCGUUGAGCUGGCGCUCAGACGCACUUCUAUCCGUGUCCAGGUCUGAUCACGACCCAGAAGAAUGGAAGUACCACACGGCAUCACCUGGUCCAGACUGGAACGAUGCUUGGCGGCGAAUAACGUAUUUAAACUUCUUUCAAGGUUGGAUACCCGCGGACACUGAGUCGCUGCAGAACAUACCUGCAGGGAUGGUACCGGUGCAGUUGAUGCGUUGGUUGCGAGAGAACAAUGACAGGGACGACGUGAGCUGGAAGUUGAACGCGCAUGAGACUGGACACGCUGUGACUGAGUGGAUUAGCCGAGAGAAAAUGGCGAGAAGUGUGAGGCAGGAGAUACAGGCUGCCAGAAGAGCAGGCAAAGGGUCGUGGUGUAAUAUUGACCAUGGUUGGGGCACUUCGGCUGAAAUUAAGGUAUCAUAA